AGGGGGCACAAAUGGGCACAUACUGUAGAAAGGGGCACUCUGAUGGGCACAUGUGAUGGAAAGGGGCACUCUGAUGGGAAAUGUGAUGUAAAGGGGCACUCUGAUGGGAAACUGAUGUAAGGUGGCAAUGUGAUGGGGAUACCUGAUGUAAAGGGGCACUCUGAUGGGGACAAAUGAUGUACAGGAGAACUCUGAUGGGCACACCUGAUGUGAUGGGAAUAAAUGAUGUAAAGUUGCACUCUGAUGGUGACACUUAAUGUAAGGGUGCCCACUGAUGGGCACACCCUAU